AUGGACAAAGGUCUCAUUGAGUUGAGUCCUAUACAGCAAGCACUCAUUUAUUCAUUUUGUGAAAACCACGACAAAGCCAUUCAGGUCUUACACAAUAUCACUGUGAGUAAGCCUGAGAUAACCAUGUAUGCUCUAUUAGCAAAAGCCCAAAUGAAGGCCAAGAGAAACAAGGAAGCAGUGAAAACAUUUAAGAAGGCAUUAGAUGUCUUUGCUCAUUCUGACAAAGGACCAACUGCUGUAGAAGCUUCAGCGGACUGUCUGUAUCAUUUGGGCCUUUGUUACAUGGAAGAAGGCAAUUUACAAACGGCUUUUGAUUCUUUUACAAAAGCUGUCAAAGUAAAUCCUGAUUUUGCAGAAGGCUUUUAUCAACGAGGACUUUGUAAAGUAAAACUUCACAAAGAUAACUCAAUCCUGGAUUUUAAUCGUGCAAUUACCCUCAAUCCAAAGCAUUACCAGGCAUAUUUAAGCCGAGUGGCUUACUAUGGUUUGAAAGGCAGAUACUCCAAAGCAAUCUUGAAUUGCAAUGAGGCCAUUAAAAUUUAUCCAGAGAGUGUACGAGCGUACAUUUACAGAGGUGUUCUGAAAUAUUACAACAAGGCAUAUAAGCUGGCGAUUACAGAUUUAACAAUAGCUAUCAACAUGGACAGAAACAGUUACAUAGCAUUUUAUAACAGAGCAAUAUGUUACACCAAAAUAAAUGAACUUCAAAUGGCAUUAACAGAUUACAGUGUUGUGCUUCUUCUUGAUGCUGGAGAAACUGUAAUGUUAAAUACCUUCAUUAAUCGUGGACGCAUCUAUGCAGAACUAGAGCAAUAUGGCUUUGCAUUAGAGGAUUUUAAACAAGCUGCACUGAUAAGUCAGACUAACGUGAGCCUUUGCCAAGCAUCUGCCAUGUGCCAUCACAGAAUUAACGAGUUUGAAGAUGCUGUCAGUUUCUUCACCUGCGCUCUUAAAAUUAAUCCAAAUUUUGUGGAUGCUUAUGUUGGACGGGGCAAUUCUUACAUGGAGUAUGGUCAUGAUGAAGCCACCAAGCAAGCACAAAAGGACUUUGUGAAAGCAUUGCAUUUUAAUCCAGUUUACACAAAAGCCAGAAUUAGUUUGGGCUAUAAUUUGCAGGCCCAAGGAAAAUUCCAGAAAGCUUGGAAUCACUUUACCAUUGCCCUGGAAAUUGAUCCAAAGAGCUAUAAAGCCUAUGAAGGAAGAUCUGUGAUCUGUCUUCAGAUGAGUAAUACUUUUGCUGCAAUUCAGGAUAUUAAUACUGCUUUAAAGAUCAAUACUACAGCAGAAUUCUUAACAAAUCGUGGUGUGAUUCAUGAGUUCAUGGGUCAACAACAGAAUGCAAUGAAAGACUAUCAAGCAGCAAUUUCUCUAAACCCCAAGUACUCACUGGCUUACUUUAAUGCAGGAAAUAUCUACUUUCACCACAGGCAAUUUUCCCAGGCCAAUGACUACUUUUCAAAGGCUUUACAGUUUGAUCCAAAAGAUGAGUGUGCUCUCAUGAAUAGAGCUGUGACAAACACAAUAUUAAAGAAAUAUGAAGAAGCAAAAGAAGAUUUUGCAAAUGUAAUUGAUAACUGUCCCUUUUGGGCUGCAGUGUAUUUUAACAGAGCAAACUUCUACUACUGUUUGAAGCAAUAUGAAGUAGCUGAGGCAGAUCUUUGUAAAGCUCUGACUUUGAAGCCUAAUGAUGCUUUCGCAUAUAGUCUUAGAGCAGAAGUUCGUGGUAAAAUAGGUUUGAUUGAGAAAGCUAUGGCUGACUAUAACCAAGCCCUUGAUCUUCAAGAAUAUGCCUCAGUUAUGUGA